CAUCAAAAUCCUGACAAACAAUUCUUUACUAUCUCUCUGAUUCACAGGUGUUGUCAGUGAUUCUCAUGACUUUAACCUGUAAAAAGAUAAAACCAUGGUUUUACAUCAUCACCAUCGCACGAGAGCUUCUUAGCUUCAACUCCCAUCCGUCACUCUUUUUCUUCUUUUUUUUUGUACCCUUCUUACCACCAUUUUUUGUGUUCUUUUGCUUUUAUUAAUCCAACUCCACAGUCUCUAACUGCGUUUGCACUCCAAUCAAUUUUCUCCCUUCCCUGUCUCUUUCUUGUUUCUCUUCUUGAGCCUAUGCCACUAUAAUAGCAUUGCUAUUCCUGCUGAUUUCUACUACUGUACCACUACUAUUUGUUUAAGUUUAUUUCUCUUUAUAAGGUUGCAGAAAAACAAAAAAUGCCAAGUUCAGGUUCGUUCCUAAGGCAGAUAAGGGGGAGGUCGACAUCUUGGAGGUGGAGCACUAGCAACAGUAAGUGUAGCACUGUUGAAGGUGCCUAUUACUGCGAGAGAAGUUUGAAGCAAAUGGAAGGGCUUUACAUGUAUGGUUAUGACAAUGCUGGGCUGGCUACGAGGAAAAGAGUGAUGGUAGUGGUGGAUCACACUUCACAUUCUAAGCAUGCAAUGAUGUGGGCAUUGACUCAUUUGGCUAACAAGGGUGAUUUGCUCACUUUGCUUCACAUUAUCCCUCCCGGCCACAAAGGCAGCAGUGGAAGGACAUCCGGUUCUGGUACUGAUUCUUCUUCUCCUUAUCUUGCUAGUUCUCUUGGGUCACUUUGCAAGGCUAGCCGACCUGAGGUGGAAGUGGAGGCACUGGUGAUUCAAGGACCCAAAUUGGCCACGGUGAUGAACCAGGUGAAGAAGCUAGAGGUGACUGUGCUAGUCCUGGGUCAGAGAAGGCCCUCCACACUUUUUAGCUGGUGGGUCCAAGACUCUAACCUUUGCCUCUGUGCGACAAGGAACAUCGAAGAUUUUGCUGAGCAGUGCAUCAACAAUGCAGAGUGCUGGACUAUUGGUGUAAGGAAGCAGACCGAAGGCAUGAGCGGGUACCUCAUCACCACUAAAAGGCAGAAGGACUUCUGGCUCCUGGCAUAAUAUCGUUUAAUUAGUUAAAUUAACACUAGUUAAGUCAGAUAAGAUGUACUAUUAGCAUCCAAUCUCAUGUAACAAUUCAUUAUCAACCGGUUCUUCUCAUGUAUCACUGUAAUGCUAUGAUAAUCUCCACCGCUUAAACUUGAUAGCCAAGAGGAAUUAUGCAAUAUAUGUAUAGAUUAGUAUGGAUACCA